UGGAGUUAAAUAUAACGAAGCAAGAUGAAGAAAUAGAAAAUCUCAAGAAAAUUCAAAAGGCUGCGCUUGCUACCAGAGAUCUGGCGCGCUUCCACCAGCAAAAGGAAGAAGAAUUCCUUUUCUCUGAGGGGAAGGAGAGAGAGAAAAAGAUGAUGGAUUCAAGAAAACUGGCUGAAGAAAGAAAGAAUUACUUUGAAACUAUGGAACGUCAUAUUUUCAGCAGUAAGCAGAGCACUAAAGGAACAGGCAGAGAAUCGGUUGCAACUAGUGAUCCUAAUAAGAGUAGUAUCGAUGGAAGGGGAGAAGAUGACGAUGAAGAGGAGGAUGAAAAGGUUGAUGAAAUGGCGGUAUUGUACGAGGAAGCAUUUACUAAGAUGAAACGAGCCGCUGGAGUAUCAUCCACUCAAGAAGUUGUCAAAAGAUUUGAAACUCAAGAGGGAACUGGCAACCAUCUUCAAGAUUUACAGAGUAGAGCAGAAAAGGAGAUUAGGGAUUUGGGAGUGGUGAAAGAAUCUCUGGAGGCUGAAUGGGAGUUGGUAAAUAAUAAUAUUCUUAAUAUCAAGUCUAGAGAAUAG